ACGUGACUUUCUACACUCAAACCUACCAUUAUGGCUGAUGUUGCUGCUGCCCCCGCUGCUGUCAAGACUCCCAAGAAGAAGGCUGCUGCCAAGCCGAAGAAGGUUGCUGCACAUCCUACUUAUUUGGAGAUGAUCAAGAAAGCUAUUUCAUCCUUGAAGGAAAGGGGUGGUUCUUCCCGACAGGCUGUUCUGAAAUACAUCCUGGCCAACUACAAAGUUGGUGACAACCAGGUCGCCAUCAAUGCUCGCAUCAAGACUGCUUUGAAAAAUGGAGUCAAUAACGGCGCACUGAAGCAAUCAAAGGGAACUGGAGCUGCUGGGUCCUUCCGUCUUGGCGAGGUAAAGAAAGCGAAAAAACCCAAGAAGGCUAAGCCAGCUGCCAAGCCAAAGAAGGCUGCCAAAUCUCCCAAGAAAGUCAAGAAGCCAGCUGCCGCCAAGAAACCUAAGACAGCCGCUAAGAAGGCCGCCAAGUCACCAAAGAAGGUGAAGGCUGCAGCCAAGCCAAAGAAGGCAAAGACCCCUAAGAAGGCAGCGGCCAAACCCAAGAAGGUCAAGACCCCCAAGAAGAAGGCAACCAAGCCAAAGAAGGCAUCACUCAAACCUACCAUUAUGGCUGAUGUUGCUGCUGCCCCCGCUGCUGUCAAGACUCCCAAGAAGAAGGCUGCUGAAAUGAAGAAGGUUGCUGCACAUCCUACUUAUUUGGAGAUGAUCAAGAAAGCUAUUUCAUCCUUGAAGGAAAGGGGUGGUUCUUCCCGACAGGCUGUUCUGAAAUACAUCCUGGCCAACUACAAAGUUGGUGACAACCAGGUCGCCAUCAAUGCUCGCAUCAAGACUGCUUAAAAUGGAGUCAAUAACGGCGCACUGAAGCAAUCAAAGGGAACUGGAGCUGCUGGGUCCUUCCGUCUUGGCGAGGUAAAGAAAGCUGAAAACCCAAGAAGGCUAAAGCCAGCUGCCAAGCCAAAGAAGGCUGCCAAAUCUCCCAAGAAAGUCAAGAAGCCAGCUGCUGCCAAGAAACCUAAGACAGCCGCUAAGAAGGCCGCCAAGUCACCAAAGAAGGUGAAGGCUGCAGCCAAGCCAAAGAAGGCAAAGACCCCUAAGAAGGCAGCGGCCAAACCCAAGAAGGUCAAGACCCCCAAGAAGAAGGCAACCAAGCCAAAGAAGGCAUAAGCUCUCUUUGUCUCGCCUUCGCUCCACAUUUCUGUGGUCCAAAGGCCCUUUUCAGGGCCAUCCAAAUACCCCAAAAGAAAACUUGAAAACAGUGAUAACAAAACAAUGCUAUUUAUUUCAGCAGUAUAUCAGUAAGAAAGAAUGCGUUUUUGUGAUAACAGGUAUGGUGUGAAUGAUGGGUUAGACUGAUCAUAAUUAAAAAUUCAGCCUUAGCAAUAACUUCUUUGCCCGACAGUAAGUACACAGAGAGGGUAGCAAUACCGAGGUACCCAUCAAACUCAAAGGUGAGGCAAAUGCCGUUGAUCAAGGAGGCUGCCUGUAAAAACCUAUACAUUGAGCAAAGAAGGAUUUGAUGAGUAUGUUCCUAAAUUGAUAUUAUAGUGGGAGUUCUAAACCCUAUCUAAUG